GAGCACCUGAUUUUCUUUCUCUGACUCCGUGGCACAAAUUCACAAUGGCAGGUGGAAAGAAAUUGACGAAAGAAGAAGAGCUUUUACUUCAAGAUUUCAGCAGAAAUGUCACCACAAAGUCGUCAGCUUUGUUCUAUGGCAAUGCAUUCAUCGUGUCGGCUCUUCCCAUAUGGGUGUUCUGGCGUAUGCACCAGAUGGACUUAGUGCAGUCUGCAAUUCUAUUUGGUAUUAUGACCAUCAUUAGUACUUGGCUUGUUUCAUUUGCUUACAGGAAUGUCAAGUUUGUCCUGAAACACAAGGUCGCUCAAAAACGUGAGGAUGCCGUCUCUAAAGAAGUGAUGAGACAAUUGACUGAUGCCGACAACAAGAAAAUAUCGCGCAAGGAGAAAGAUGAGAGGAUCCUGUGGAAGAAGAAUGAAGUAGCUGACUAUGAGGCAACAACCUUUGCGAUCUUCUACAACAAUGCCCUCUAUCUACUACUGGUGCUCGUCCUGUCCUUCUUCCUUCUUAAGUCAUUUGACCCUUCAAUUAACUACGUUGUAUCUGUCAGCAUUGCUGGAGGUCUUCUUGCUCUUUUCUCAACAGGAACUCAGUAACCUGUGACCUCAUGUGCAAUGACCCCUGACCUUUGUCAUCUUGAGGGACCACAUCUCUACCAGCCAAAGCCAAGUCAAAUUUUUUGUAUAAUAAAUUCCGUACCUAAAUCUAAAUUACAUUGGUGAACCCUGGUUAUUAGACCUCUUUUCAUUGUAUAAUUGAUCCCAAUGUUGAACAAAUUUCUCAAAUAUUUCCAGCCAAGGACUUGAAAGUGAAGGCCUGGAAUCUCGUCAUUUCGCUAAGGGCACUGUCAUUGUGAGGGUUUUUAAAGUUUGUUAACGGGCACCAAGGUCAAACGAGGGGCAACAGAGGCCAUGACCUGUGUGGCCUCCAUGUUAUUCCAGACCUGGACGUGACGUCUCAUAAAAUAAAUAAUGCUUCAGCAGCAAAUCUUCAUGCAUUAGAUUGUAACAUUUGACCUGUUCUAGCUGUAUAAAUUCUCGAGUUUAUAAGAAAAAGAUCUUACCCAAAGAAAUAGAAUUUUGAUAAUGCUUUGUGUGUGGUGAUCCCUGCAUAUUUACUUUGAGGUAAAUCAUAUAGGCGUUGUCAUUUCAUAGAACCAUACAAAGCUCACACAUCGGACAAGGGAUGCUUUUUAUAAUUUUCAGUUAUUAAACGUAAAUCAAGGUUUUGGUUGGAGCCAAAGUUAAAUCAAUAAACCAAGUCUCUACUUCUUCAUAUUAA